UGGAAUAUGUGGCAACAACGGAUUUUACUUAUAUGUCUCAUAGCACGUUGUGUUUUGGCUGAGGAUAAUGAAAUCGAUAAACUUUUUCGGGACACUGAAGUGGUGCCCGAUGUAAUUGAGGAACCACCAAAGGAGUUGCUGAAGAUCGACUACAACAACGGCUUGGAAGUGGGCAAAGCUGAAGAAUUCACACCCACACAAACAAAAGAUGAACCAGCACUGGAGUGGACAGCGGAACCGGAUGCAUACUACACCGUCAUCAUGAUAAAUCCAGACGUGCCAACACGUCAAAAUCCAACAUGGCGUGAAUGGCUUCAUUGGCUGGUGGUAAAUGUGCCUGGCGGUGAUAUUGCCAAAGGUGACAUACUCGCGCCGUACAUAGGGCCGAUGGCACCCAAAAUGAGUGGUUUGCUGCGUUAUGUAUUCUUGAUUUACAAACAACCGGGUAAGCAAAUGUUCGAUGAGAUGGUGAGGACCAAUACGGAUGUUGCGGGGCAUGAGAAAUUCUCUUCUAUGACUUUCGCUGCAAAGUAUGACAUGGAACUGAUGGCAGGCAAUUUAUUCCAGGCGCGUUGGGAUGAGCUCGUGCCAAAGUUGCAUAAGCAAUUUGGUAUCGUCAUAUAGGAAGUGAUGAAGCAAUAUUAAGCAGGGUUCUUGGAAGGUGA